GUUACUGGACCUUCCACUAGAAGGAAACCUGGACCCCGCAGACCCAGGAGGAAAAGAACCCAAAGCAGCUGAACAAGGAAGCAGCGCGGCACCAAGAAAAGCAGAAGUCGGAGGCUGGGAGACCCUCCCUGAGGCGCCGUGGUCCAGGCGCUGUUGCAAGUGCCACCUGUGCUGGGGAAGGGGCCAUGUGGCUGCCUUGGACUCUGCUGCUCCUCUGGGUCCCAGGCUGUUUUGCUCUGAGCGGCCCCAGCACCGUGGCGGGCCCCCUGGGGGGAUCCCUGAGCGUGCAGUGUGGGUAUGAGGAGGAACACAGGACUCUCAACAAAUACUGGUGCAGAGUACGGUGGACUAUCCGAUGUGACAAGAUUGUGGAGACCAAAGAGUCAGCAGGAAAACUGAGGAACAGCCGAGUGUCCAUCAGGGACCAUCCUGCAAACCUCAGCUUCACAGUGACCCUGGAGAAUCUUACAGAGGACGAUGCAGGCACAUACUGGUGUGGGGUGGAUACACCAUUGCUCCGAGACCUUCAUGAUCCCAUCAUCAAGGUUGAGGUGUCCGUGUUCCCAGCAUCAACGUCAGCGACACUUACCAGUGUCACUGCAGCCAGGACCUCAGCCAUCACAACUGCAUUUCCACCUGUGCCAUCCACUACCCUGUUGACAGUGAGUGCUACCCACAGUACCGGCAUCCAGGGGGACAAUGAGGAGGUCGUGAACUUCAAGCUCCCGCUGCUCCUCUCCCUGCUGGCGUUGUUGCUGCUUCUGUUGGUGGGGGCCUCCCUGCUAGUAUGGAGGAUGUUUCAGAAACGGGUCAAAGCUGGUGAGCAUUCAGAGCUGUCCCAGAACCACAGGCAGGCUGUGGAGGAGAGUGAGCAGCACUAUGCGAAUCUGGAGCUGCUGACGUGGCCUCUGCAGGAAGAGCCAGCACUACCAAAGCAGGUGGAAGUGGAAUACAGCACCGUGGCCGCCCCCAGGGAAGAACUUCACUAUGCCUCAGUGGUGUUUGACUCCCAGAGUCAGAAUUCCAACGCCAACAGGAUAGCUGCUCAGAGGCCCAGGGAGGAGGAACCAGAUUCAAAUUACAGUGUGAUAAGGAAGACAUAGGCCUGCCUCGCUGUCUGCCCCAGGAAGCCCAGGGACAGCUCCCUUGUUCCUGGCCCACGUCCUCCUCAGCCUGCCCUCAACGACAGUGACCAACAGACAGGCAGCUGGUUUCCCCAGGCCGUCCCUCUGGUGCCGUCAGCUCAGCUGGAUUCCCCGAGGGCCGGCAGAGCUGGGGCUUCCAGGGAGCAGUAGGAAGCACCCCCAGCCACCAGCACCUGUCGCCUCUUUUCCCUUUGCCCCGGCUUCAUCCUGGCUCUGUGUCUGGAGGACGAAGCUCCUUCCCGUGUGGCUCCAGGAAAAGAUGUGGCUCCAACAGUCGGCACCUGCCAAUAGCUUUGUCAAUUACAGCCCCAUAGGAACGUCUGGAAUUGCUUGGGAGUUGGGCCGAACAGGCAAGAAGAGCCAAAGCGGCGAUCUGUUCACAUGGGGACCAUGGUAGGGGGACCCUGGGGGGAGUCCACCAAUGAUCAAGUCCCUCCCCAUCUCACAGACAAGGAAACCGAGGCCAGAGGGAGGAGAGGAUUGCUCAUGGCUCCAGAACCAGUGGCAAGUUUCUCGGGACUCUUAGGUUUAUUUUUAAUAUGAGAUAUAAAAACGGUUUCAAAUAUCUUCUUAAGGGAGAAGUAAAAAGUUAUUUAAACAAUG